GGUGACCGAGACGAACGCUCCUGUCCUGGAGCUGCAACUAAACUUUUCUUUCUGCUCCUUUGUUCUGUGUGUUUGUUUGGUCCGAUUCAGUCUGGCUCAGCUCGGCUCGGCUCGGUCUGCAGACGCGGACAGAAGAGCGCGAGACACGGAAACUUUGAGUCCAGAAACAGAGAGGGAGAGUCCGGAGACUUUAGCGCUCUUGCAGCGGGGUUACCGACCCAGAGAACCCGGAGACUAGCGCUCUUGCAGCGGCAUCACAGACCCAGAGUAUCCGGAGAAAGGUGCUCUUGCAGCGGGGAGAUUUUGGGGGAUCGUCGCGGGGCUCCCCGGUCGGAGCUCCGGGUUGCCCCCAGCUAGAUGUUACCUAAAAGCGUGAAAGAAGACAUAAAUCCUGAAUGAGCUCCGGUAGUUGCCUGCUGCGGGUCCGACCCGGUUCUGACGGAGUACAAAAAGAUGAAACUUUUGGACAGUUUGUCCUCGCGGAGGCGGUUCUUCUGGACCCAUGUGGCGGAUUAUUAUCGCUGUGCCUGCUGGGAAAUAAAUCAGUUAAAGUGAUGAAUAUUUUUUUUUUGAUUAACUCUACAUUCGUGUCUGUGUGCUCCUGAGAGUUUUUUCAUGUGUUCUGGUUCCGGUUCUGGUCACUGCGGGUCUCGGUGCUGAUAAGAGAAGACACGCGGAUGUUCAGCGGGGCUCCGCGAGCUGCGCGGCCGCGCAUGGAGCGCUGCGGGCGGCCGCUGCUGCUGCUGCUGCUCGGUCUUCUGCUCCGGUUCUGCUCCGCAGUCAUCGACGACAGGCUCAUCUCCGAUCGGUACGCGGUCUACUGGAACAGCUCCAACCCCAGGUUCUCCCGUGGCGAUUACACGGUGGAGGUGGCGAUCAACGACUACCUGGACAUCUACUGCCCGUACUACGAGGGGGCGGGGCCAGCGGAGCGGCAGGAGUACUACAUCCUGUACAUGGUGAACUACGACGGGUACACCAGCUGUGACCACCGGCGGACCGGCUUCAAGCGCUGGGAGUGCAACCGGCCGCCGGGCGCCAACGGGCCGCUCAAGUUCUCCGAGAAGUUCCAGCUGUUCACGCCCUUCAGCCUGGGCUUCGAGUUCAGGCCGGGACACGAGUACUACUACAUCUCGUCUCCACAUCCCAACCUGGCGGGGAAACCCUGUCUGAAGCUCAAAAUCUACGUCAAACCAACCAAUGACUCGGUGUACGAGUCUCCGGAGCCUUUCCUGACGGACGACACCACCGGCGGCUGCAGCCUCGCCGGGCCCUGCCCUCCGCUGCUGGCCGCCAUGUUGCUCGCCAUCCUCCUCAUCAUCACCUCCUCUUAGCCCCGCCCCCCCCCGCUUGCCGGCCGCCACGAUGCUCGCCAUCCUCCGAAAAACCCAGAGACAAGAAAACAAACCCGGCGCCCCACUGGCUGCUCAGCCAAUCAGAGGAGGAGCCUGGAGUCGCUGCUGAAAGAUGUUUCUGUUCCAACGAAAAUCCUGCCUCUGUUGAAUCUAUCGUUUCCAGAACCAAUCAGAAUCUGCAGAUGUUUCUUUCACAAUUUUUUUACAGUUUUGAGCGGUGACCCAGAAUGAAAAUCAGCAGAAUUUAACUGACUGUUAAUCUGCUCCGGGUGGAGAUGUGACAACAUUCGGAGUUUGUUUAAAUUCUGCAGAAAAUUCUUUAAAGUUCUGCGCCUGCCCACUGCAUCCUGCCAUCCUCCUCGUCUCCUCACAGCCGCCUCUUUCCUCUUCCUUCGGUUGGAUGGAUAUCCGUCUUCCCAUCGCUCUGUGGAUAAAACCCAACACAGGAAACCCCCGGCGUACGCUUAGCCAAUCAGAGGAGGAGCCUGGAGUCCAGGCUCCGUUGAAUCUAUCGCUUCCAGACCCAAUCAGAAUCUGCGGAUGUUUCUUUGUUUCUAGUUUUCAGCAGUGAACCAGACUGAAAAUCAGCAGAAUUUAGCAGACUGUUUUUCUGAUCCGGAUGGGAAUGAUUUCUUUUAAAAUAUGCAGAAAACUUAACUGGAAAGUUCUGCACCUGACACAUCUUUCCUGGGAUAUGAUGCAGUUUUUACAUCCAACUUCUGCCUCUUUAGUUCCAGAUAUUGUUAGAUUAUUUUUUAUUUAGCUGCCAAAAAUGAAAAAACCCACGUUUAGGUUCAGAUGCCAAAACUUUACUUUGCUGAAUCUCAAUACAUUUUGUCCUGUUCACAUAAUUUAUCAGCUAAAACUUUGCAAACAUGUCUGACUCAAUAUGUAAAAAACUAAGAUUUAAAUCAGGAAAUACCUAAUGAAUAAGACUAAUCAAUCAGGGAGACGAUCAGGUAAAAAUAUCAGUGAUUGUAACAUUUCGGCUGACAGAUUUUAAGCAUAUUUUCAGGUACUGAGUGAAGUGAAAGACCAAUGUUAGAAACACUAAACAUUUGUAGCUGAAACAUGGAGCAGCUUCAGUCUGUUUCUCUGUUUGAACCCACAAACUUUCCGCUGACGAUUACAGUCACAGAAACACAGCCGGGACAAAGUUAACGUGUAAAUUUCAAGCCUUCAGAAAUAAUGAACACACAUCUGUAGCUUUGCAAACAAAGGGGACGAGCUAACGUAGCUUCACAGACUUACUGUACGAGCUAACAUAGCUUUACAGACUUACUGUACAAGCUAAUGUGUAGCUUUGCAAACAUAGGGGACGAGCUAAUGUAGCUUCACAAUCGGUACAAACUUAUGUAGCUUUACAGACAAAGGGGACGAGCUAACGAACAACUGUCAGAUACAUUUUCUAAUAGUUUUGGAUGUGGUGGCACAUUUCCGCGACUGUAAUCGUCUUCAGUGUUCAAUAUAAAACUAAUAAUCAGAUGAGACUUCAGCCUUCAGCAGCAGAUGGCCUGUUGAUUUCUGUAAAUCUGCCAAAGACUAUCGCUAAACUUUUCUAUUAGCGGAGAAAAGUCAUACAGCGGCUAACAGGGGUCAUCGUGGCCCCGCCCACUGCUGCCAUAACGGAGGCGAGGCUGCGUCCCAAGGGGGAGGAGUCAAGUUUUUUUUUUUUUUUUUUUCUAAACCUUCUAAUUUUGUCGUAAAAAUAAAAAAUCGAAUGUUAAGCGCAAAACAAAAAUGAACCAAUCAAAAAUGGCCUUUUUCCCACUGGUGCUGAAUCUUUUGUGACUGAAUGAGUGAACAGUGACACCUUGUGGUCGAGAAGACUUUUCUUUUCUCUUCAUCUCUUCAUACCGUCCCUCCAUCUCCGCUGAUGGAGGAUGAGUGUGUCCCUGUGUGCGUGGAUGUGCAGGGGCAUGCUGGGAAAUGCAGUAGAUAUAUAUAUAUAUAUAUAUA